CACUAAAACAACACAACCAGAGCUCACUGAACAGCACAGGAUCAGACAGAAAGAAGAGGAACUCAGUGGACUGGAGUCUGUCCACAUGGCAGAGUCAGAGACGGAGUGUGCUGCACCAGGACUCAACACAAUGGAGCCAGAGUGUGUUACAGCACACAGUGGGGUCAGUGAUGUACACCGUACACACACACCACUGAUUAAAACAGAAACUGAUCUGGGCUCCACCCACACUGGGGAUUUUAUUAAGACCGAGAACCUAGAUAGUACAGAGCUGGGAUAUGUAACCCAUCUGCAUCCUGACCAAAUCAAAAUGGAGGCUGACGAUGGAGGAUUUCAUAACCCAGAACACACCGGGGACUUGCAGGAUUUUAAGCGUGUUACUAUUAAAAUUGAAUCCAGUGAACGUUUAAUGAGUGAUCUCAUGAAUACUGGUGUUGAACACAAAGACCAGACUGGACCGUGGCAAUAUGCAGAAAAGCCAAACCCAAACUGUAAAAAGGAAGAAGCUCAUGAUCUGCUGACCCAAUGUGAGGACUUAAACCAUGACUGUGACACAAACAAUGAAAAUAAUCUAAGCAGAAUCAUACAGAUAAGUGCAAACACCAGAAGAAAACAUAUAAACCGUCAGACAACUAAUGUGAUAAUUGAACCCAUAAUUAAUUCAAGUAAAAACCCAAGCCUCUUUCAAAAGAAGACUGUGCAUAGAAAUGAAGGUGGAUUUCAUAUUGGUGGAAAGCCAUACAAUUGUACAUGGUGUGAGAAAUGUUUCACUUCCAAAUCUGCUUUAAAUAUACACCUGAGAAUUCAUACAGGUGAAAAGCCCUACAGUUGUACACAGUGUGAGAAGUGUUUUUCUACCAAAUCUGUUUUGAAUGCACAUCUGAAAAUUCAUACAGGUGAAAAGCCAUACAAUUGUACACAGUGUGAGAAAUGUUUUUAUGCCAAAUCUGUUUUGAAUAGACAUCUGACAAUUCACAGAGAUGAGAAGCCUUACAAGUGUAUUCAUUGUGGGAAGUGUUUUUACCGAAUAUCUGAUUUGAAUAUCCACCUGAGAAUUCAUACAGGUGAGAAGCCUUACCAGUGUGCAUAUUGUGGGAAGUGUUUUAAUAGAAAAUCUCAUUUAAAUGAACACCAGAGAAUUCAUACAGGUGAAAAGCCUAACAGGUGUACUCACUGUGAUAAGCGCUUUAAUACAAAAACAAGUUUAGAUGUACACGUAAGAAUUCAUACAGGUAAAAAACCCUACAAGUGUAUACAAUGUGCAAAGUGCUUUCGUACAAAAUCUGAUUUAAAUCUACACCAGAGAAUUCAUACUGGUGAAAAGCCCUACAAAUGUAUUCAUUGUCAGAACUGCUUUUCCCAAAUGCGUCUUUUAAGAAACCACCUGAGAAUUCAUACUGGUGAAAAGCCACACAGGUGUACACAGUGUAAAAGAUGUUUUACUACCAAAUAUGAUUUAAAUAUACACGUGAGAAUUCAUACAGGUGAAAAACCCUACAAAUGUAUUCAUUGUGGUAAGUCCUUUUCCCAAAUAUCUCGUUUAAACAGCCACUGGAGAAUUCAUACAGGUGAAAAGCCCUACAAAUGUAUUCAUUGUGGGAAGUGCUUGUCCACAAAGUAUCUAUUAAAUUGCCACUGGAGAAUUCAUACAGGUGAAAAGCCCUACAAAUGUAUUCAUUGUGAGAAGUGCUUUUCCCAAAUGCGUCCUUUAAGAAACCACCUGAGGAUUCACAUGGGUGAGAUGCCUUACAGGUGCACACAUUGUGGGAAAUGUUUUACUACAGAAUAUAAUUUACAUACACAUGUGAGAAUACAUACAGGUGAGAAGCCAUACAAGUGUACACAGUGUGAGAAGUGUUUUAAUGGAAAGUCUGAUUUAAAAAAACACUUGAGAAUUCAUACGGGUGAGAAGCCUUACCAGUGUACACAUUGUGGUCAGGGCUUGUCAACAAUGUAUCAAUUAAAUUGCCACAGGAGUAUUCAUACAGGUGAGAAGCCAUACAAGUGUACACAAUGUGAGAAAAGUUUUAUUACAAAAUCUCAUUUAAAUGUACACCUGAGAAUUCAUACAGGUGAAAAACCCUACACAUGUAUUCAUUGUGAGAAGUGCUUUUCCCGAGUGAGUAAUUUAAGACGCCACCUAGGAAUUCAUUUAAGGGAAACGCCCUAAACAUCUCAACACUGUGGUGAGUGCUUUUCCACAAUUUAACGUGCUAACAUGGAAUUCAUAGAGGUGAAAAGCCACACAAUUUUAUUAAUUGUGCAACAUGCUUUUUAGUAGCCAGCUGAGAAUUCAUUCAGAUGAAAAGUCCUUUACAUGUUCUCUGAGUGAGAAGUGCUUUUCCAAAAAAUAAGAAUUUAGUUUUCACAAGAUGCAUCACACCAAUGAAAAACCAUGCACAUGUGUCGUGUGGGACUAAUGUUUUCAGUGUUGGAACUGUUUUUACCAACACACGGCAUUAAAUUGCCUUAAUGCUAGUAGUACAGUUACUCACUGUGGGAAGUAUUUCAAAUGUACUUAGUGGUUAAAUUACAAAAUCUAAUUUUCAUGGCCAGAAGGCAACUCAUACAAGUUUAGAGCCUGACGUUCUCAUUGUGGGAAGUACAGAUGUGCCUUCACUUUUUUUUUGAUUAACCACCCUGUUGUGGUUUCUAAAUUCUUAUUUGAUGGGUGUUUCAUUUGAGUUCAUGGAGUGAGAAAAAGGCUGGUUUGUAGUUGCGCAUUGUAAUGUACUUCUGACAUGCUGAUCAUGUUUCCGAUAUCUGAGAAUACAGCACAAUAACUAGGACAAACUGUGAUGCUCCUUUCAUAACAAGUGUUUAUGACUGUUUUUUGAAAAUGUAAUUUUAAUUCCAUGUAAAUAUAACAUGUAAUUCCUUGUGGACUGAAGCGUGAUAUUUUGUGAUUAUGAGAUUGACAGCAGUGUAAAUUGUUUAAAAGAAUGUAAAACAAUGUCAAAUCUGUUAGGAUAUUCUGUGUAAAGAAACAUGGUUUUGUGUAUUGCAAGCAUGUUUUUUGAAAAUUACUGGCUUUUCCAGUUCUUUUACUGUCAAUGGUAGAGGUUGUAAUUGUGCUUGUCAAUUAAAGCUGAUUUUUUAGACCUGA